AUGAGUGCAAAAGUCUUUUCAAGAAAGCUUAUACCGACAGCAAGUCUGUCGAAAGGUGUACGAGGUCCUUCGUUGUCAAUUCCUAUACAACAACCACAUCAAACACUUCCUGCUGCGAAGAAUCCCACUUUCACCUUCUUGAGUUAUAAUAUGCUGUCACCACAUUAUAUGUGGCCACAGGUGUAUACUUAUGUUCCUCAAGAAUAUAAGGAUUGGAAGUAUAGACAUAAUUUAUUAGAAAAGGAAAUAUUGGACAAGUACAGGUCUGAUAUCAUGUGUGUUCAGGAGUUAACCACUAUUGAUUAUUAUUCGUUCUGGAGAGAUUCUUUAAGGAAGGGCUUCAAUUAUGGUUCUCGGUUCAUUGCCAAGAAUCCUCCAAAUUAUUGGACAAAAUCGUUAGUAGAAAUGGACGGGGUCGGGAUCUUUUAUAAUUUGGAUAUGUUUGAUUACAUCGGUUCUAGGAGCAUCAAUUUGAACGACUUGGCCAGUACUUUUGAUAGAAAGGAAUUAGAUUAUAUGGCCGCUAAAGAAAUUACUAUUUUAAAUGGGAACGGUGAUGUCACAGGGAAAGAAUCUCUUUACGAAUUAGCCUUGAGUAAAAAUCAAGUUUGCUUAUUCGUCAUGGUAGAACAUAAAAUAAGUAAAGACGUGUUUGUUAUAAUUAAUACCCAUUUAUAUUGGAAAUAUGAAGAAGUCAAAUUGACUCAAUGUAUGAUUAUCAUGAGAAAAUUGGCCAAGAUUGUUAAUGAGUUAUUAUUCAAUGCUGAAAGCAGAGAUAUGAAUUAUAAUAAAGUGAAAAUUCUGUUUAGUGGAGAUUUAAAUGAUGGGUUUGAUUCUAAAAUCGUCCAAUUUCUAAAAGGUAAUAAAAUUGAAAAAAGUGAUGGAUUGAAAAUGAGAAAUCCAAUGGCUUCCUUUUUAAAUCAUUGUUGUUAUGAUGAUUUAUUAAAUGAUAGACAAAAAUUCUUUGAUAAUACAUGUUACUCGGGAAAAUUAAAGGGGAUUUUCGAUUUUGUGUGGUAUCAUGACAGAGAUUUCAAAUUGAAAAAUAUUUUAAGUGGUAUUGAAAUUACAGAAGAAUUAAACUUUUUAAAUCAAGAUGGCUUGCCCAAUAGAGACCAUCCAAGUGAUCAUAUCCCACUUCUAAUGGAAUUUGAAAUUUUACCAUAG